CUGUUCGUGGGGAGGGUCCGGCCGUCCCGGAGGGAGCCGGCCCGGGGACACCGCGAGCCCAUUCAUUACAUAACCGCGAGCGCCCCUCCUCCCCGCGCCCCUCUCCCCUCGCCCAGCCGCACGGCGGAGCGCGGAUCCCAGGGAGCAACCCCAUUCUCCCGCCCGGCGGAGAGUCCAGGGCGGAGCGGGGGGCUGAGCACCGGGGUCCCCCGCCGCGCCCUCCUCCCCGGCGCUGCCCGCCGCCCGGACACCAGCCCCGCAGGCGCCUCCGCCCCGCGCUCCCCGCCCCUCGGAAGCGCGGCCCGCGGCGCCCGGGGCCCGGGAAGGGGCCGCCGCUCAGGGACGCGGCGCGGUGGGUGCAUCCCGGAGGCAUGUCCGAGCGCCGCCGCCGGGGCUGCAGCGGUCCACGCGAGAUGGCCCACAGUAACCGAUGUGCCAGGUAGCAUUCUAUGCCAAUCCUGAAUGCCAGCAGGAAGUCAUAGGACAAUAAACUCUUCCAAGAUCAUAACUGGGCUGUUGGAAUAACUUGGAAAAGAAGAAAAAAGAAUCGAAACCAUGACAAAAGUAACUAGAGCCCGGCCCUCCUCCCCCCCGGAUGGAGGCUGGGGCUGGAUGAUUGUGGCUGGCUGUUUCCUCGUCACCAUCUGUACCCGGGCAGUCACCAGAUGUAUUUCAAUUUUUUUUGUGGAGUUCCAAACAUACUUCACUCAGGAUUAUGCACAAACAGCUUGGAUCCAUUCCAUUGUAGACUGUAUGACCAUGCUCUGUGCUCCGCUUGGGAGUGUUGUCAGUAACCAUUUAUCCUGUCAAGUGGGAAUCAUGCUGGGUGGCUUGCUUGCAUCUACUGGUCUCAUCCUGAGCUCCUUUGCCACCAGUCUGAAGCAUCUCUACCUCACUCUGGGAGUUCUUACAGGUCUUGGAUUUGCACUCAGUUACUCUCCAGCUAUUGCCAUGGUUGGCAAGUAUUUCCACAGACGGAAAGCCCUUGCUUAUGGGAUCGCCAUGUCGGGAAGCGGCAUUGGAACCUUCAUCCUGGCUCCUGUGGUCCAGAUCCUUAUUGAGCAGUUUUCCUGGCGGGGAGCACUGCUCAUUCUUGGGGGCUUCGUUUUGAAUCUUUGUGUUUGCGGUGCCUUGAUGCGGCCAAUUACUCUUAAAGAGUACCAGACAAGUCAAGAGCCAAACCAUGUCUGCAGAACUCGAAAACAAGACUUUAAGCGGGCGUCGCCUUGUUCAACUUGGACAAAAAAAUGGGUGCAGACCUGCCUCUGUUGCUCUUUGCAGCAGGAGUACAGUUUCUUACUGAUGCCAGACUUCGUCGUAUUAGCUGUCUCUGUUCUGUUCAUGGCUUACGGCUGCAGCCCUCUCUUUGUGUACUUGGUGCCUUAUGCUUUGAGUGUUGGAGUGAGUCACCAGCAAGCUGCUUUCCUUAUGUCCAUACUUGGGGUGAUUGACAUCGUUGGCAAUGUCACAUUCGGAUGGGUAACCGACAGAAGGUGUCUGAAGAACUACCGGUAUGUUUGCUACCUCUUUGCCGUGGGACUAGAUGGGCUCUGCUAUCUCUGCCUACCAAUGCUUCAAAGUCUCCCACUGCUCGUGCCUUUUUCUUGUACUUUUGGCUACUUCGAUGGUGCCUAUGUGACCUUGAUCCCAGUAGUGACUGCAGAACUAGUGGGGACCGCCUCUUUGUCAUCAGCACUCGGGGUGGUGUACUUUCUUCAUGCAGUGCCAUACUUGGUGAGCCCACCCAUUUCAGGAUGGCUAGUAGACACGACUGGCAGCUACACAGCAGCAUUUCUUCUCUGUGGAUUUUCAAUGAUAUUUAGUUCCGUGCUGCUCGGCUUUGCUAGACUUGUGAAGAAGAUGAGAAAACCCCAGCUGCGGACCCUUGCCAAAGAGUCUGAUGCCAAACUGCAGCUAUGGACCAACGGAUCGGUGGCUUAUUCUGUAGUAAAUGAAUUAGAUCAGAAAGACCGGGAAUCUGUGGCCAUUGCUGUGCCUGGUUACAACCCCACCUGACCAGUGGCCUUGAGCUUGGGAAUCUGCAGGGCUAAGAGAGAUGGGACCCCUGGAAUGUACACGUUUCUAAAGCAUUUUAUUUUGGCAGAAGCAUUGCCUUCCAAGGAAAUAAUUAUUGUUUGGUUUUUAAAAAAAAACAUAUUUAUAGGGGGAAAUAGCAAGUAACAAAGCAAGCUGGACUGGCUCAGAGUUUCCUCAUUUGGGAUUUGCACUCACAAUGGAACUCACAUCUUUCAGGCAAGCGAGCAUCACCCAGUAGAGAAUGCUAGAACAUAGCUGAUAUAAUUAGCUGCAAGUAGGGGUAAAUUCAGGGCAUGAACAAAGAAGAUGACACUGGACAGUAGCUUUGUCUCAAACUCUCUGGCCCUCCACUUUCCUUCAGUGAGAAGGUGAAGAGAAGCAUUGACAUGUAGGUCUGUCUACCUUAUACUGUGUGAAGAAAGGCAUCGGCUUAGGCAUGGUAGUGGAAGGUGAAGGUGCCAAACCUUUUUCAUAGUGGAGCUUCUCAUUAGCAUUUUAAACAGGAUUGUUAAAGGAUACUUUAGAUUCUUUAAGACAGUGAUUGAUACAGAAGGAAAGUGACUAUCUCC